AUGUCAGAUGCUACAGCACCUGAGCAGCCUGCAGGUGAAGUGGAGGGUCAAGUCACAUCGCCAGAUCCAAGGCCACCUUCGCCUCCUGACUACAGUUCUCAUUUUGUACCAGGUCCCUCAGGAACAGCUGUCCCUCCACCUAUAGCCAACCCAGCAGGCUUGCCAAUAGGAUAUUAUGCUACUCAGAAUCCCGGUACCUUCCCCUUGUACCAGCCCAUCGGUACUACCCAACUUAUCCAGUCUCAGCCUGGCAAAUACCCUACACUGAAUCAGCAUGCUGCAGUAACCUGGAUGCCAGUACCAGCUCCUAUACCAAACUGCCCUGCAGGCCUGGAAUACUUAGCUCAGCUGGACAAUAUACACGUUCUUCAACAUUUUGAGCCUCUGGAAAUGAGAACACAUUUUGAAACUAUUAAUAGCUAUGAUAUUAAAAACAACUCCAACCAGAUGGUUUACUUCGUGACUGAAGACACCGAUGAUUAUGCCAGGAAUUCUUAUCGUACACUAAGGCCCUUUGUCCUUCGGGUCACUGACUGUAUGGGACGAGAAAUUAUGACAAUGCAGAGGCCUUUCAGAUGCACCUGCUGCUGCUUCUGCUGCCCCUCAGCUAGGCAAGAGCUGGAGGUGCAGUGUCCCCCUGGGGUCACCCUUGGCUUUGUCGCGGAACAUUGGAAUUUGUGCAGGGCGGUUUACAGCAUCCAAAACGAGAGGAAAGAGAACUUACUGAAAGUGCGUGGGCCGUGCUCAACGUAUGGCUGCGGUUCCGAUUCUGUUUUUGAGGUUCAAUCUCUUGACGGCGUGUCCAACAUUGGCAAUAUCAUCAGGAAGUGGAAUGGUUUGUUAUCUGCAAUGGAGGAUGCUGACCAUUUUGACAUUCACUUCCCACUGGACAUGGAUGUGAAGAUGAAAGCCAUGAUUUUUGGAACCUGCUUCCUCAUUGACUUCAUGUACUUUGAAAGAUCUCCGUCACAACAUUCGUCAGCCUAGAGAUGCACAGAGAAUUAUCAUUUAUUGGGUCUACAAUCCAUCUCAACCACUUGCAGUUGUAUUUCUCAGCUUUGCUGUUUUAUGUUAGCUUUGGCUGGUAGGCUGAGAACCUGUGCAACAGCGCAAGCAGAACGGUGUGUUUCCAUUGUGCAUCUGUCCACUGGAGACUAGGAUUUCUUCCAGAAACCUGAGACCUAUUAGCCAAGUGAGCAGACACAGAAAAUGCUAGAAAGAGGAGGUGAGGGAAGAUGAGCCAAAGCUCGGGGGUGGAACGUGGUGAAAGGAU